UUGAGCUCUGAGCCUGUGUGGGCAAUAUACUGGGAAUUCAGUUCAGCAUUCCAUUUCAACUUCUCGCCGGUGUAACUUUCUUUUGUCUGAGCUCUCUAUGUUGUUAUCGGCCACCCAUUUAUCUACUCUUAAGUAGACAACUCAUGAAUUUUAGUCCUUGAUGAAAUCGAAGAAAUCUUUACCCAACUCUAGACAACUGCAGCAGCACCUGUUCUCGUUAUUGCAGAAAUGCGAAACCACUGGACGGCUUACUCAGAUACAUACACAGAUCAUAACAAAUGGUUUCUCCCAGAAGAAUUACAUUAUUGCGAAGUUAUUAUCUUUCUGUAUUGAUUACGGUGAACUUUCAUAUGCGCACAAAACUUUUCAGCUCAUUGAAAAUCCUAGUUUAAGUAUAUGGAAUCAGAUGAUCAGAGGGUACGCUUCAAGCGAGUCAUCGUCUAAAGAAUCCAUCAAGUUAUUCAAACAAAUGGAAAGAACGGGAAUGGUACAUGCUGCUGAUGAGUUUACUUAUUCAUUCCUUCUUACCGCUUGUUCGAAAUCAUCGUUGAGGGAAGGAGAACAAGUUCAUGCGAGGAUUUUGUUGAAAGGGUUGUGUUCCAAUGUGAUUUUGCAGACAAAACUAGUCAACAUGUAUGCCGUGGCUGGAGGUGAUAUUGGUAAUGCAAUGGCUUGCGAAAUGUUCAGUAAAAUGACUCAAAGAAGUGUUGUGACGUGUAAUUUGAUGCUUUCGUUGCAUUUUAGGUCUGGCAGAGUAGACGAAGCAUGGAAACUGUUCGAAGAAAUCCCGGAGAAGAAUGUCGUUUCAUGGACGACCAUGAUUUCUGGUUACGCGCGUAACGGGAGAUGUGAGCUAGCGUUGAUGUGGUUUGGUGAAAUGCAAAGAGCAGGUAUUGAACUGGAUCAGGUCGCGAUGGUGGAAGCCGUAUCGGCUUGUGCCGAAUUGGGAGACUUGAAAUUAGGAAGACAGAUUCAUUCUUACAUUGAGAAGGGUUCAGAUGGUAUAAACCUGCAGCAAUCUGUUUCUUUGACUAAUGCGAUAAUUCACAUGUACGCAAAUUGUGGAGCCAUUGAAGAAGCUUAUAGUGCAUUCAAGGGUAUGCUGCAUAGAAGUUUGAUUUCCUGGAAUACUAUGAUCGUAGGCUUUGCGAAACAAGGUUGCAGAGUGGAAGCACUAGGCGUAUUCAGAUGGAUGCUAACUGCAGGAGUGAGACCAGACGAAGUAACAUUUCUUGGUGUACUUUGUGCUUGUAGCCAUACAGGAAUGGUCAAAGAAGGCCGUCAUUAUUUCGAUUACAUGGUUCUAUCUUUCGAAAUUCAACCUAACAUCAAACAUUAUGGGUGUAUGGUCGAUCUAUUUAGCCGUGCUGGGUUACUGGAUGAAGCACAACAACUCAUCCAGACCAUUCCGAUGAAACCAAACGAUGUUAUAUGGGGUGCUCUACUCGGUGGUUGCAGGGUCUACAAGAAUAUAGAGAUUGCAAAGUAUGCAGGAGACCACAUAGUUGAACUUAAACCAAAUCGAGCCGCCGGAUAUCUAGUUCUACUAGCCAAUGUGUAUGCAUCAGCCAAGAAAUGGGAUCACGUCGAGAGGAUUAAACAAAGGAUGGUUGAGAUGCAGGUGAAUAAACCAUCUGGGCGAAGUUGGAUCCAAAUAGAUGGAGUUGUACAUGAUUUUAUUGCAGGAGACUUGACACACGAAAAUGCUCCUGCCAUCUACAAUAUGGCGAGUCAGAUUGCUCGUCAGUCAGUCUAAAGUUGAGAAAUCCAGUCCUUGAACACCGCGAAAAAUCACAAAAAAUACGAGCUACAUAUGUGCAGCUUUUAUCGAGUUCAUGGUGCCACCAGCGGCGGAACCAGGACCUGCCGGGGGCGGAACCAGGACCUGACAUACCCUCAAGACCCUCCCCGCUGCAUUUCAAAAAGCUCUUUGAAAUAUGGGGUACCACAAAAUAUGCAUUUUCGGUGGAUUCGAUUGAUGUGGUUAGUGGGGACUUGGGACAUCUUGAUAACAGAAUAAGGUGUACAUAUUCCAAGCUUUUCUUUCUUUAGUUUGAUACGAAAUCAUGACAGAAAGUUUGUUGAGUGGUGAACCGUGAACGACUGACCGAUUCGAUUAGAAAGUUUGUUCUGAAUGAAU